AUGGCGAGGAUUCUGAGUAUCGCGGCGGCACUUCUGCUCGGCCCCGCCACGGUACUUGGAGGUCUUGGUCAAUCUGCACCAACUGCAAACACCACGAGUGGACUCAUCAUCGGCCAUGCUGCACCAAAUCGGUCAGAAGUGACAGAAUUCCUCGGCAUCCGCUAUGCAGAGCCGCCCGUGGGAGACCUCCGAUUUGCUCCACCAAAGCGAUACAAUGCGCCACCUGGUACUGUUCACAAUGCUUCGGACUGGGCCGCAGACUGCUUGUCGAACAAGCCACCAGUCAGCCCGUUUCCAAACUUCUCGGAGCCCUCAGGCUUCCGUGUGUGGAACAUGUUUGCUGCACAGACGGGCAAUCCUUCGAGUGAGGACUGCCUCAGUUUGAAUAUAUGGACCAAGACACCAAACAAAACGGCAAAGAAACCUGUGCUUGUCUGGUUUCACGGCGGGCGCUUCCAAAUACCGGGCCCGCACAGCCCAUUCUACAAUGGCAAGUAUCUCUCAGCAGCUGAGGAUGUUGUGGUCGUAACACCAAACUAUCGCCUGGGAAUAUUUGGCUUCUCAGGUGCGCCCGGGCUGGCACAGAACGCAGCCCUGCGAGAUCAUCGCUCUGCCGUGGAGUGGGUACGCGACAACAUCGCCAGCUUUGGCGGCGACCCCUCGCGAAUUACAAUAUUCGGACAGAGUGCAGGAGGCGCGGCUGUUGACUAUUUUUCCUCCGCGUGGAAGGACGACCCUAUAGUCGCAGGCCUCAUUUCUCACUCUGGAACCUCACUCAGCUUCAAUCCCAACACCAGAGCGUAUGCCCAGUCAAUCUUCUUCAAUGUCUCCCAGGCCAUUGGGUGCGGCGGGCCGGAUGAAGACGGCGCUUCGGUUGUGAACUGUGUCCGGCAAGCAAAUGCCUCUGCGAUCUUGGCCGCAUCGGCCAAAGUACCGCCGUUGCCCACGAUCGCGCUCGCUCAGGCUACAUUUCAUCCGACCGUUGACGAGGAACUCGUAUUCUCCAACUAUGAAGCCAGGGCACGCAACGGCUCAUUCGCACGCAUUCCAUACCUCCUGGGCAACACUAACUUUGAAUCGGGGUGGUACAAACUGUCCGCGUAUGCAGCGAAGCUCAACUUGUCGGAACCGCAGUGGGAUCUUUUCAACCAGCGUGCCUUCACGUGCCCCACCGGUGCGCAGGCGCGGUACCGUGUCCAGCAACUCGUGCCGACCUGGAGGUACCGAUACCACGGCGAAUGGGACAACUUGAGGCUUUACAAUUCGACGGCUGGGCUGGGGCCCCGCGGUAGCGGUGCGUACCACGGAUCCGAUGUUGAAAUGGUGUUUGGGACUGGGCAGGAUGUUUCGCUCGUGGAGAAUUCGGAACAGGAGAACGCGGUGUCGGCGUACAUGAUGGGCGCAUGGGCUUCUUUUGCGAGGGACCCAGCUCGAGGUCUGCUGGACUAUGGAUGGCCUACGUAUGAUCCAACUGGCGACACGCUGGUAGAGCUGGCGCUCAACGACAGCACAGAGCCACAGUUCGCUGACCCGAGUCUCUAUGACGAUCCAUGUCCGGAGGUCAACGAUCCUUUGCCAGGACAAGGGGCUUUCUAG